UGCCUGCAGUCUCUGGCUAUCUCCUGUAGUAUGUCUGCAGUCUCUGACCAUUUAUGUAGUAUAUCUGCAGUCUCUGACCAUCUCCUUUAGUAUGUCUGCAGUCUCUGACCAUCUCCUUUAUAUUUCUGCAGUCUCUGACCAUCUCCUGUACAAUGUCUGCAAUCUCUGGCCAUCUCCUGUAGUAUGUCUGCAGUCUCUGACCAUUUUUUCUAGUACUUCUGCAGUCUCUGACCAUCUCCUGUACAAUGUCUGCAAUCUCUGGCCAUCUCCUGUAGUAUGUCUGCAGUCUCUGACC